AUGGAGAUGCAGUCAUAUUACACGAAACUCUUGGGAGAGCUCAAUGAGCAAAGAAAGAGGGAUUUCUUUUGUGACUGCAGUAUUAUUGUGGAAGGCAGGAUCUUCAAAGCUCACAAGAACAUUCUCUUUGCCAAUAGUGGCUACUUCAGAGCCUUAUUGAUUCAUUACAUUCAAGACAGUGGGCGACACAGCACUGCUUCUUUGGACAUUGUUACUUCAGAGGCCUUCUCCAUCAUCCUAGAUUUCCUUUAUUCAGGGAAGCUGGAUCUUUGUGGAGAAAAUGUUAUUGAAGUCAUGUCCGCAGCUAGCUACUUGCAGAUGACUGAUGUGGUCAAUUUUUGCAAAACAUACAUCAGGUCAUCGCUAGAUAUUUGCAGAAAAAUAGAGAGAGAAGCUGCUUUCUAUCAGGCUGAUAGCGGAAGCUCUAGUUCUGUCAGAGAGGGCACUUCUUAUGGUACAAAGAGCCAGUGCUCUGCCUCCGUCUCUUCUCUGCAAGAAAAGGAAAGGAUUUCUGAUUGUCAGAGAGAUCCUCCCUGUGGUGAAUGUAGCAGCUGCCACCCAAUGGAACUUGUGGUGAGAGACCCUGAAAGCAGUGAUUCUCCAGAUGACAUUAAUUCUUCUCUGCCCAAAGGGGUAGUAGAACCAAAAGUAGAAUUUGACUCUGAUGAAGUGGAAGUAGAAGUGGGUGAACGACUACAGCAGUAUCCAACUCCGUUAUCUCUUGAGCAGAUGGAAGAGGGGCUGCACAGUGGCCAGGCAAUGGACUUAGCCUGCAAUAACUAUCAUAUGAAACAGUUCCUGGAGGCCCUGCUACGCAGCAGUGCGGCUCAAAGAAAAGAUGAUGUGGUUCAUCACUUUGUUCGGGGCUUUGAGGGUAGGCCAGAAGAUGCAGGGGUGGCCAUGAGUUCCAUGAUGGACAUUCACAGCGACUGGUACGGUGAGGAUACAGGUGAUGUGUUAGUUGUGCCAAUCAAGCUCCACAAAUGCCCGUUCUGUCCCUACACGGCUAAGCAGAAGGGAAUACUAAAACGGCACAUUCGCUCUCAUACAGGGGAGAGACCCUACCCUUGUGAGACGUGCGGCAAACGCUUCACCCGGCAGGAGCACCUUCGGAGUCAUGCUCUGAGUGUGCACCGAUCAAACAAGCCAAUUAUCUGCAAGGGUUGCAGAAGAACGUUCACAAGUAGCCUAUCGCAGGGAUUACGGCGCUUUGGCUUGUGUGACAGCUGCACUUGUGUAACGACUACGCAUGAGGAUUCAAUGCCCAUUAACCUCAGUCUGAUGGAACCUUCAUCAGAAGGUCAAGAAAAGGGUGAUACAGACAAUGAUUGGCCUAUAUAUGUAGAAUCUGGUGAGGAAAAUGAUCCAGCUGAUGAUGAUGAUGCUGAUGAUAAGCAGGAGAUCCAUAGAAGCUUAUCAGACCGAGAGGCACUUAUGUAG